AGAAUUGAAGGCGUUUAUCUGGAUAGAUGGUACUGUGCAACGUUGGCCUCUGCUCUCCAGUUACCAAACUCACCAUUGAGAGAACUGCACCUGAUAGAUUCAACCUGGCUGGAUUCAGAAGUGGAUGUGCUCUGUACUGGACUGUCUAGCCGAGACUGUAAACUGGAAGCACUGAGUCUCUGCGGGAAUGGACUCUCAAACGAGGAACGUCAUAAUUUGGUCUCCUCUAUGAAAACAGUUCUCAGCUGCAACCUGAGAGAGCUGGGCUUGAGUAACUUCACACUGCAGGAUUCUGUAGUUGAGGUACUCUCUACUGGACUAGGGAGUCAACACUGUAAACUGGAGAUACUGAGGCUGAAUCGAAAUACACUAACAGACAACUUCUGUGAAGUACUAGUCUCAGCUAUCAGCUCAAAUUCCUCUCAUCUGAAAGAGCUGGACAUUGUUCACUGUGACCUGAUCGAUUUAAGAGUGGAGCUGCUCUCCACUGGACUCAAAAGUCCACACUGUAAACUGGAGAAAUUGAGGCUCUAUCAAUGUAAUCUCAAUAACGAAAGUUGUGAAGCACUGGCGUCAGCCCUUAAGACCAUCCCCUCACACCUGAGAGAGCUGGAUCUGAGUAACAAUGACCUGAAGGAUUCAGGAGUAAAGCUGCUCUCUGCUGGACUGGGGAAUCCCCACUGUAAACUGGAGACUCUGAGGCUGCCAUUCUGUAGAGUCACAGAGGAAGGCUGUGAUUCUCUGGCUUCAGCACUAACGUCAAACCCCUCCCACCUGAGAGAGCUGGACCUGAGCUACAAUCACCCAGGAGACUCAGGAGUGAAGAUGCUCUCUGCUACGAUGGAAGAUCCAGCCUGUAGACUGAAAAUCAAGUCAGUGCAGAUGAUGAAAAUAAUGCAAGAUACUCUAGUAAGACCUGUAGUAUAUUCACUGUCUGUUCUCCUGCCUCUCACACAGUAUGGACCACAACGAAGAGUGCUGGGUGAAUCUGGAGCUGCUGAAGAAGUGUAAGAAUACCCUAUACUUGACAU